CCGUGGAGAAAGGAAAGAAUAAACUUUGGCAGAACGAAGAUAGGUUAAUUCGUCCGACCCAAGGUGUGGUGAUCAAUGAGGGCAUGGAAGGCAAACGCAAGAGAGGAGGUCAUCGCGAAGUUGAUGCCGGAGGUAACGGAAAACUAAAGGGUAAGGCUAUAGGUUCUUCGGAAGCCCCCGAUGCUCAAAGCGUCGACUAUGAAUUCACAAGUAUAUCAUCCAACAGCAAUAGGGUGUACACUACGAUCACUGUGAAUCAGGAUGAAGAGUAUUGGGUUAGAGAAGGGUUUGAUGCAAAGAAGAUGCGCAAGAAUGUGAUGCAAUUUCCAGCAAAUGUGAUUGAUAGUUGCCUUCUCCGCCAAAUUUCAAACAUUGUUUUACUUGACUGUGAUAAGGGUGAACCAUACUACUGUGAGAUAAAGAAGAGGGAAGAGAAGAAGGAGACAUAUCUGUGUGGGGCGUGGUUUGAUUACGUAAGGAAAGCUGAUUUGAAGGUCGGUGACAAACUCCAUUUUGUCAUCCGAUACCCACCGGUGGAGGAAAUAUUGGUAUAUGUUGAGCGUAGGGCUGCAACCCCAUAGGGGCACCGAGGAGGAUCAUAGUUGCAAUGGUUUUUUUGAAAGUUACUAUUUGUAAUAUUAUAAUUUUAUAUUGUAAACAAUUAUGGAAGUUUA